AUGGAAUCUUCCUCCACGUCUUCAAGAUUCCGCUUCAGAGACCACUCGGAAGUCGAGAAAUCGGCGGGUUCCGGCACCGAUUCCGACUACACCUCCGUUUCCAGCGAUCGCGAUGACGAGCCCGAUCUCGGAUCCAUGACCGGAAAGGGCAUUAAACACUUUUGUUCUGAACUUUUGGAGUUAAAGUUGGCGUCAAAUGAAGAAUUCCACAAGAACAUUUUUUCUAAUUACACUGCUUUCAUUAGAAUCUUUGAAGAAGCGGAGCGCUUGGAGAAUGAGCUGGUGCAACUGAAAGAACAUCUUAUAACUCAAAAACAGCUGGUUAAAGAGCUUGUGAAUAUCACAUGUUCAGAGGUUUUGUCAGAGGAAAUAAUGGACCCCAUUGUUGAAGAACUUGUAUAUUCUGAACCAUCACCUUCAAGUGAAUUGGAGGAUCACAUAAACAACGUUUCGGAAGCAUUGGACCUUCUUCUGUCAGAGAACAGGAUGGAUGAAGCCCUUGAUGUUUUAGAAUUGGAGCAUGAAAAUUUUCAAAAGAUGCAGUUUGAGGUAAGUUGUUCUAUGAAAGAGUUAAGCCUAUAUAGUUCUGCGAUUUCUGAUAGGAAGGCUGUUCUUACACUGCGGUUGACUCGAUUAGCUGAAAAUCGGAGAAUAGCUGCGCCAGAACUGCAAAAGGCAUUGUACGGACUUUGCAGGCUUGGAGAGAGUCACCUUGCAACUCAGUUGAUGCUUAAGUACUAUCACGCGCGCAUAGAAACAGGAAUUCAUAGUUUACAGUGUUCAAAGUCGUUUUCUUAUGGGGUGUACAUCAGAGAGCUUGCAAAACUUGUGUUUUCUUUGAUCUCCCAAGCAGCGAAAAGUUUUGUCAUGUUAUAUGGGGAAACUUCUCCUUAUACCAAGGAGCUUAUCCAGUGGGCCGGAGAAGAGACCAAAAUUUAUGUUGAGUGUUUCAAUCAAUAUCUCGAGUCCAUCUCAGACAUAAGUGGGGGAUUGUCAACCGCAGCACAAGAUGUGCAGAUCUCAUUGUCGUUUUGUUCUUUGUUGGAAACUCAGAGAUUAGUGUUGCGGCCAUAUUUGGUUAAGUAUAUCCGACCUUCAAUGGAAGAGAUUCUAAGUGCACACAUACAGCACAUUAAGAAAGUCAUUAGUAUCUUUACUGCCACAGAUGAUUGGACUCUAAGUAGAUAUCUUGUAUCUGGAAUUAUAAGUGAAGGAUGCUCUUCCAUGGUUGUUGGGGAAGAACCAGAAUAUUGCCUGCUUACCAGCAGUGGUCGGAAGUUUGUAACGCUAAUGCAGGCUAUCACUGAAGAUGUUUUCCCACUAGUUUCCCUUCAAAUGGAAGGCUCAAUCUUUUUUGGACUGAUAACCCUCUUCAAGGAGUAUGUCAUUAUCCUUGAAAACGCACUCAUUUAUGGAACGGAUAUCACUGAAAAGGGUGGUUCCAGAAUCAAUAUAGCUGCAUCAGUGCAACAACAGAUUUCUAUUCUAGCCAAUCUAUCAGCUUUAGAGCAACUAUUCCUCAGAAUGGUUAGAGGCAUUAAUGGAGGCAACGAUCAUAUAAAUGCACAUGCCAUAAGUUACCAACAGCAUGAACUUACUAGUUUUACAUUGUCCAUGCACGAAGCUUCAAGUCGGCUUACAGUUUGUUUUUGCCAGCACUAUAUACGUAGAAUAAUGUCCAUGGAAAGUACCUGCGAACUUGCUCAGAUAAUUUGCAACCAUGCUCAUGGUGAUCCUAGUGUAUCUCAUGAUCCGAUGCCCUCUAUUACAUUUCAGGUAUUGUUUUUAGAACUGAGAAAACUAGAAAGACUAGCUGAGGCCAAUGGUUUCGAAAAGGAAUGGUUGCUGGAGAUGCUGAGGGAGAUUGUAGAAACCAUAUUUGAACAUAUUUCUGAAAACAAAGAGAUCUGGGCUACAACCAAUGAGAAUUUGACAAUGGAAUAUUUUAUCAUGUACAAACAGUUUGUUCUUGACUUGCGAUUUCUAGUGGAAAUCACAAAGUAUGGAGGAUAUUUCUCCAACAACCCCUCUCUUCUUGAAGAUCUCGUGAAAUCAGCCUUUCUUUCUUCAGACCUGAUUCCUGAAAGCGAUGUCAAAGAUAAUGAGCGUAUGAUAGAUUCUGUGAAUGAAGUGAUCCAAAAGCUGCUGGAGAUAGAGAAGACAAUGGUAAUAUCAAGUGAAGAGUCUACAAGCAUUCAAGGAGAGGAAACACGAGAAGACCAGUCCGAGUUUGCCGUAGAUGACUCUACUCAAGACGACGCAAGAAGUCUCUUGGAAAUAGUAGCCACUGAUGAGCCAGAAAUUGCAACUCUUUCAAAAAUGCCGCCCUCACUACUAAACGCCGACUCUGGUCCUCAAGAAAUGUCAUCAGGUAUGUUGGAAAUGGAUAGUAAUUCCAAUGAUACCGAUACUCCUACAAAUUUGAAAGACUCUUCCAUGGGAUUUGGAAUCAUGAGAUGUGAAAAUAUAGUUGGUGAGGCUGAUGAUGAAACAGUGGAGAUUGGUGAGAAAGACAAUGUACCAGCUUUACCGUUGUAG